UGAAAUGAUAGGCUUUUCUGUUCCAAGUAAAGCUCAAGCGCUAUGGCAUUGGAUGCGCUCUACCUGUUGAAGGUCCUCCUCAGGUUAUUAUCCUACAUUUUCAGGUUGGCAAGGGGAAUGCAGAAGUGGCUCUGUCUCUGGUUGGAUACGAUCAGGAACUGAAGGUAUAAUUCAAUUGUGUGUGCUGGAAUGUUUCUUAAUGUUAUAUCAUUAGUGCUAUGGAAUGUGUAUUUGGUUCAACAUUUGUUUCCAAAACUAUUGAUGCAGCGAGGGAGAAGACUUUCUCAUUUUCAGUGAGAGAUUCACUGAUUAAUGUUGGUCCUAUAAAGGACUUCUCUUAUGGUUUAAGGAUUAAUGCUGAUCCAAAUGCGGUGGGAAUUGCUAAGCAAAGUAAUUAUGAAUUGGUGUGCUGUUCUGGUCAUGGUAAGAAUGG